AUGCCAAACCAUCCUCCUUUCUUUAUUCGAGAUGAGUCGCAAUCUUCUGUGUUCAUUGUAGACGAUGAUUGUAGCACAUUGAGUCACCAGUCAGCCAAAUCAAACGAAUCAACAUAUCUAUCACCAAAUGACAUUAAAACCAAGUACAGAUCGUUCGAGUCAGAGAGAUCCAUGAGCAGCACUGAAGGCAUGUCCAAUUGCAGCAGAUUGCCUUCUGAUCAUAUCCACUCUGAGCCAGCAUCCAAUGCAUCCUUCUGGGCUACCCUCAAUACCAGAUCAAAAUACUAUCUGCCCAUUCUUCAAUGGCUGCCACUGUACACAAAGCAAGAUUUCUCGCAAGACGUCCUGUCAGGACUAUCGCUGUCUGCUCUGUUCAUUCCUCAAGCACUAUCUUAUGCAACUGCACUUUGCAGGAUUCCUGCCAUUCAUGGGUUAUAUACCGUAUCGGUUACAACUUUUAUAUAUGCAUGUUUGGGCAUGUCUCCCCAACUGUCAGUCGGCCCUGAAGCUACUGUGUCAUUAAUUACUGGAUCGGGCAUAGCUCAUCAGCAAUCAUCUGCAAGACAUCCAUUUGAUCCAGAGGCAUCUGCUGCAAUAGCUAGUUUAACUGCAUUCUUCGUUGGUCUAUUCACGCUUGCAUUAGGCUUGUUGCGCUUUGGUUUUCUAGAUAGUCUGAUGAGCCGUGCCCUGUUGCGAGGCUUUAUCACUGCUGUUGGUGCGGUGGUUCUCGUGCAGCAGUCCAUUCUACUAUUGGGUUUGGGUGAUUUAGCUACGCAAGUAGGCUUGACGCCAGAUUCAACCACCAUACAGCGUCUCCUAUUUCUUGCCUCUUACAUCAGUUAUUCCGACCCUCUUACUUCGGCAUUCUCGGCAGUUGUCUUGUUCAUUCUGGCCAUUGCACCUCUUCUAAAGGCGCGAUACUAUGUCAUCAGCAGACUACCUGAAGUGCUUUUGGUUGUCGUCUCAAGCAUCCUAGUUUGCAGACUGUAUGGACUGGAUAAAGCUGGACUAGAUGUCUUGGGCCAAGUAGGUGGGCCCAGUAGCAGCUUUAAUCUACCUCUACCUGUGCCAAGCAUGCCCAUAUUACCAGAUCAUGCUGACAUCAAGGCCAUCAUUGUCAAUGCUGCUAUUAUCACCAUCAUUGGCUUUGUCGAAUCCAUUGCAGCUGCUAAAUCGUUCGCAAGAAGACACAACCAUUUCGUCAGUGCCAACCGAGAAUUAGUCGCAUUAGGCAUUGGUAACAUUAUUGGAGGCUUCUUCGGCUCUUUUCCAGCCUUUGGAUCAUUUCCUCGAAGUAAGGUUCACGAAUCCGUCAAGCCAAAAACUCAAAUGUCCGGAUUGCUAUCGGGUGUCACCUGUCUGAUUGUCACUGGAUUCUUUCUGCCACAGCUAUUCUAUCUGCCAACUGCAACCUUAAACAGCAUCAUCUUCACGGCCGUACUAGCCUUAUUACGGGAGCUUCCACAUGAUUUGAAUUUUAUGUGGCAAGUUCGUGCAUGGAAAGAUGUCGCACUGAUGGCAACUACAUUUCUGACCACCAUGUUCUUUUCAUUGGAGGUAGGCACUGCUGUCGCUGUCAUGUUCAGCUUGAUCAUUACUGUAAAGCAAUCCAGUUACCCUCGCAUUACUAUUUUGGGUCGGGUCAAGGAAACGUCAUAUGAAUUCAAACCAAUUCAUGAUUCUAAAGAGAAAGUAGAACAUCUCAAAGAUGUAUUAAUAGUCAGAAUUGAGGAGCCUUUAUAUUUUGCCAACACGGGUCAAUUGAAGGAUAGACUUCGAAGAUUAGAACAAUUUGGUGACAUGGCUGUACAUCCAUCGGAGCAACCUAGAAGAAAUCAUUUAGCCUUUAUUGUUCUUGAUAUUGGUGGCAUGGAGUUUAUUGACGCAAGUGCUGUACAGAUUUUGUAUGAGAUCAUUGCAUCUUAUCAUGAGCAGCGUGUUCAAGUGCUGCUUGUUAACGGACAUCCGAAUGCUAUGCCUCUGAUCAGCCGUGCUGGUAUAUUGGAGCUCAUCGGAUCUAAUCUUUUAUUUGAAAAUGUCACUGAUGCUAUUCAGUCAAUAGAGCAGGACAUCCAGUACACAUCUUUUCCCAAUAGCCACAUGCUAGGAGAGAGCAGUUCUUCCUAUUCCUCGACCUAA